CCGCUGCCCUCCCGCCCUGCCUUGCUCUUGCUGGAGCUCUGCAGUGGCGGAGCUGCUCGACGCUGCCCUGGGUGCUCUUGCGCCUAAAGCAAGACCCUCGGUCCUUUAACGACUUGUGUUUCCAUUCUGAAAGCAGAUCUGAGCCACGAGCACAGGACAUGCAUCUUUUUGUGGCAUGUCUCUUCUGCAUCUGGGCCCUGGCCACCCCUCAGCACUACGUUGUGGAAGACAUCUGCACCGCAAAGCCCCGCGACAUCCCAGUGAAUCCCAUCUGCAUCUAUCGCAACCCGGAAAAAAAGCUGCAGGAAGGUGAGGGGCAGGAGGCAGAGAAAGACAAGAUCCCUGGGUUCACCAACCCCCGCGUCUGGGAGCUGUCGAGGGCCAACUCGCGCUUUGCUGCCGUCUUCUACAAGUACCUCGCUGACUCCAAGGACAAUGGGGAAAACAUCUUCAUGUCGCCCCUCAGCAUCUCCACAGCCUUCGCCAUGACCAAGCUUGGUGCCUGUGGUGACACCCUCCAGCAGCUCAUGGAGGUCUUUCGAUUUGACACAAUUUCAGAGAAGACUUCUGAUCAAAUCCACUUCUUCUUUGCCAAGCUGAACUGCCGGCUUUACAAGAAGGCCAACAAAUCCUCGGAGCUGAUAUCAGCCAACCGCCUCUUUGGGGAGAAAUCUUUGGUCUUUAAUGAAACCUACCAGAACAUUAGUGAAAUAGUUUAUGGAGCUAAACUCUGGCCCUUGAAUUUCAAAGAAAAGCCAGAACUCUCCAGGAAGAUAAUUAAUGAGUGGGUGGCUAACAAGACAGAGAGGCGCAUUACAGAAGUGAUCCCAGAAGGAGGGAUCGAUGAUCUCACUGUCCUGGUUCUGGUCAACACCAUUUACUUUAAGGGGCACUGGAAAUCAAAGUUCCCAGUACCAAACACAAAAUUGGAUUUAUUUCAUAAAGCCAAUGGUGAGAUAUGCAAGGUCCCCAUUAUGUACCAAGAGUCCAAAUUCCUCCAYGCCUCCAUACCUCAGGAUAAAGUGCAGGUGAUGGAGCUGCCCUACAAAGGGGACGAUAUCACCAUGGUGCUGGUCCUGCCCGAGGCUGGGACGCCACUGCUGGACGUGGAGCGAGAGUUGACAUCGGAGAAGCUGCAGGGCUGGAUAGGCUCCUUGACGGAGGUCUCGCUCUCAGUCUUCCUCCCUCGCUUCCGCAUUGAGGACAGUUUCAGUGUCAAGGAGAAGCUGAGAAAAAUGGGUCUGGAAGAUCUCUUCAGCCCAGAAAACGCCCGACUCCCAGGCAUUAUUGCAGAGGGACGUACAGACCUCUACGUAUCUGAUGCUUUCCACAAAGCCUUCCUUGAGGUGAAUGAAGAAGGCAGCGAGGCAUCAGCUGCUACUGCAGUUACUGUCUCCGGCCGCUCCUUCCCCAUGAACAGAAUGAUCUUCAAUGCCAACAGGCCCUUCCUGCUCUUCAUCCGGGAAGCUGCCCUCAACACCAUUAUCUUCAUGGGCCGAAUAGCAGAUCCUUGCUCCUAGGCAGGAGCUCUGCUCCUUCUUUCUCUAGAAAGUGGUAGUAGGGUGUUGUCACAGCACCCAGCUGGUGCCUAAUGUGGUUGGGCUCACUGUUUGUUGCAGGUUGUUGGGGUAAUUGUACCCAAGUGGCCUGUUUCUGCUGCUGCUGCUGCUCCUUGCUGAGGCAAGUGAGGUGCUGCAGGAAGCUCCCCUGCCCCAGCCUUUAUUCAAAGGGAGCUGAAUGCUCUCUGGCACCAGUAUUUUUGUAGCACCCAAACCUGAGUCCAGCAUUGCCAUUGGUCUUGUAUCCAACCYCUCCUCCCCUUCAGGCCUCAAGCUGUAACACCGAUCACCUGGUCUAUUAAAAUCUGUAGAUCUGUAUGUAACAAA